UGAGCCUCUAUAUAAACCACCCCGCUCCCUCUUCUUAAUAAUAACCUAAACCAAUUCCAAUUCCAAUUUUUCUCUCUGCGCUCUUUCUUUCAACUGUUAUUUCUUUCAUUCUCUGUCAUAUAUUCAGAAUUCUGAUUCAUAAAAGGGGAAAUCUAGAAGCUUUGAUCGGUCUCCAAUUGUUUUCUCCAAUUGUUUAAAAACUAAAGGUGUGUGAAUGAACUAAUGGAGUCUAAAGGUGGUAAAAAGAAGUCUAGCAGUAGUAAUUCCUCCUUUUUGUACGAAGCUCCUCUCGGUUACAUCAUUGAAGACGUUCGACCCAACGGUGGCGUAGAAAAAUUCAAAUCACCUGAUUACUCAAACUGCACCCGCAAACCAUCCUGAGAUUUUCUGGGCGGUGAUAUAGUUCUUAGGUUUUUCAUUCUGCAAAAUUAUUCUACUUUCCUCCACUCCUUUUUCCUGUUCUCUCCUUAUUCUACAAACUACAGAAAUUAUUUUCCCCUUUGAGUCAAGAUGACCAUGACAAACUCAGCUAUCGGUUUUGAAGGUUAUGAAAAGAGGCUUGAGAUAACUUUUUUUGAAAACGGUGUUUUCUCUGACCCUUCUGGAUUAGGCCUCCGAGCAUUGUCCAGAGACCAAAUUGACGAGAUUCUGAAACCAGCAGAAUGCACCAUUGUUGACUCACUAUCUAAUGAUUAUGUUGAUUCGUAUGUUCUUUCCGAGUCAAGUUUAUUCAUCUAUGCGUACAAACUUAUCAUCAAAACCUGCGGGACUACAAAAUUGCUUCUGUCUAUCCCUGCAAUUCUUAAGCUUGCCGAUGGUCUUAACAUUACUGUGAAAUCGGUGAGAUACACUCGCGGAAGCUUCAUCUUUCCUGGAGCUCAAUCAUUCCCUCAUCGUAGUUUUUCCGAGGAAGUUGCUGUGCUUGACAGCUAUUUUGGCAAACUGGGUUCUGGUAGCCAAGCUUACAUGAUGGGUAAUGGUGAUAAGUCACAAAUUUGGCACAUAUACUCUGCUAGUGCUAAGCUAGAAGCUUCACCGGAAGCUGUCUAUGGCCUUGAAAUGUGCAUGACUGGUUUAGAUAAAGAAAAGGCAUCAGUGUUUUUCAAGACAGAUGCAUCUUCAGCAGGUUUGAUGACUAAGAAUUCUGGAAUCAGGAAGAUCCUUCCAAAAUCCGACAUAUGUGACUUUGAAUUUGAACCUUGCGGCUACUCAAUGAAUGGAAUUGAAGGAAGUGCAAUAUCCACUAUCCAUGUCACCCCUGAAGAUGGAUUCAGUUAUGCAAGCUUUGAAGCAGUGGGUUAUAACUUUGAAGAGAAAUCUCUGAACGAACUUGUUGGAAGGGUUUUAGCAUGUUUCUAUCCAGCUGAGUUUUCUGUUGCAUUGCACAUUGAUACAAAUGGUGAAAAACUUGACAAAUUUCCUUUGGAGGUUAAAGGAUACAACUGUGGAGAAAGGAUCAACGAAGUGCUUGGUGAAGAUGGUGCAGUCGUGUACCGUACCUUUGUUCGAAAUGAUGGCUGCUCAUCUCCAAGGUCUACUCUGAAAUGUUGCUGGAGUGAGGAUGAGAACGAGGAGGAAGUUAAGGAGAUGUAAUAGUACUUUGUUCUUUAUGAUAUGUUAUUUACUUGUUUAUCAGUGUUGUUACCUGAAUAAAUUUAAGCUUUUGUUGUGAAAGCGAUUCAUUAAACCUGUUGUGUUAUGUUUCUUGUUAA